AUGGCGCCCACCUACCAUCGAUCAGCAGCCCAGACUCGGCGCGGUGCUCGCAGCGGUUUCCCGGAACACGACGACUUCGAGGGUCUACCUGUACGCCAAUGGAGACAGGAAUGGGUUAAUGUCACACCUCCCCAGCCUGCAGAGGCGACGCAGAAGAACGACAUUUGGGACGUCGAGCUGCCCUUUGGCAUGCCCAAGGAAACCAAGCUGCUCCCAACCCACAGCCAGGAGCUCCUGCGCGCCGCUCGCUCUGGCCGACUUUAUAAGCGACCUGCCCCGACCGAUGACGACGAUGAAAACGCCGAUAUUGAUAACAUCAAGGGCGACAAGAAGGAGAGCGACGCGGCUGCUGAAGGGUUCACAGUGAGGACGUGGAAGCAAACACCACGCAACAUCGAAGGACCUGCCGAAUCACAUCUAGCCAAGCGCCAUAAGAACACGAUCACAUUACCGCCAAAGUCAACGCUGGUGCAGAUAGCUCAGGGACCGACGGUUACCAGAGCAACUGUCCGUCGUAUUGACGCGGCCGGCAACCCCUACGAGCAGACUAUCACCUUGGCCGAGGGACAACACGUUGAUGGCGAGAUCAUAUCAACAACGGUGGUGCCGGCACCAGCCGCCGCGGCCGAAGUUGCGGCGCAGGCUGCACCGCCCCCACCUGUCAGGAGAAGGCCUCCUCCACCAAAGCGGAAGGCGAAGGGCCCCGGCCGAGGUCGCAAGAAGGGCAAGUUGCCACUCCCAACAACAACGCGGCCAGAGCCGACCACUGCAGAGGCGGGUAAUGCAGAGGUCAAGAUCGAGGGUACUCCAGUGAACGGUAUCAAACAAGAAGAAACCGGUGACAGUGCGAACCAGGACAGCGAGAUGGCCGAUUCAUCACAGAUUCCUUCCGAUGAUGACGACGGCGAUGACGGCGAUGAAGGGGAAGAGGAAGCUGAAGGUGAUGCCGACGAAAGCAUGGCCGAAGGCGAGACUCCUGGUGUUGAUACCAGCAUCAGUCAGGAUCAAGAUCAGGAGAUGACUGACACAGGAGCGUCGGAAGUUAUUCGGCCCAGCUCAAUCGAAGAGCCAGAAGAAAGAGGUGCCUCUAAUGAGGAAGAUACUGCUGCCAGGUCGCGCCUUGGUAGCAGCCUCGCCCCGCCAACACUCGGGUCACUCGCUUCAACGAGACUUGAAGGGAGUCCGCUGAAGAACGUAAUGAUCCGAUCGCCCACCGAACCGCCAGAGUCUAGGUCAGAUGUGCCAUGGGUUGAUGGAUCUUUCUUCCCGUCUACAGGUGUAGACAUCGUCAAGACCGAAGUUACCUCUGCAGCGGAGGAGGUUGAUGUACAAGGCAACUCUGCCAGUGCUGCCUUGCUCUCCGAAACGGUGGUAACGACUGAGCAGUCCGUGGCUGAUGCAGGGGAUGCUGCAAAUGGAAUCACCGCAAUGGAUAUCGACACCAACUCCGAGCAGCAACAACAGCCUGCAGAAUAUACUCCAUCUGUCGAGGCUAAAGUUGAGGAUCUUGGGGCUGCACUAGGCUUGCCAGGGUUGCGACCAGAUGCCCAACCGUCAGUUUUCACGUCCACCACAUCUACCACGGCAGAAAUAACGUCAGAAACGACGAUCACGGCCACAGAAACAGCAUCAGCGCUGAUAGAAUCCUCGUCCCUUCCCGCAGACACCACGGUGGAAGAGGUAGAUGUACUCCAGGAGCAACUUUCAGACAAUGCUCCACCCACGAUAGCAGAGCCCUUGCUCCAACCGCCAGACUCCCCGGCGCUGCUCCCCACCGCUACAACAGAGGAUGAAGACGACGGGCUUAACUUGCUCGGUAGUCUCGAGAGGGAACUAGACCGUCAGGAGGAAGUGAGUCGCGCUGAUAGCGCCGCAAGCGGUGCCGGUGGCGGUGCCGCUACCGAACGGGAGAGCAACGGCGGGGUGGAUAACAAGAAAGACACCAACGCUAGCGAAGAGAAGCCAUUGUCAGAGCCGGAGACACAGGGAGCUGCGGUAGAAAAGGGAGGUAACACGGCCAAGUCAGGCGACGUCGUUGCUGAGGCUACUGUCGAUGCCACUGCCGAUGCUGCUGCUCCUCCUCCUCCUGCUACUACUGCCGGAGACGAAGAAAAGCCGAAAGAGGCCGCCGUGGGCAUCCCAGCGGAAAGCCAGGAAGGGGCGAAACAGCAAGAAGAGGGACAGAAGGAAGAAGGUUUUGUUUCCACUGCACUCGGUGCUGAUGGUGACAGUGGUACAAAGGAAUCGGAAUCGGAAUCAGCACAGCAGGUCGUUGAACCGUCGAACCAGGAGUAG